AAAAUAAGCUAACCCAAACACCCCCCCUAAUAUAAUUGCCAUCCAUUCGUAAAGAUUAGUAUUUUCGCUACGCCAAAACUCUUGGGGAUUUCGAUUCGAUUCGAGCUCGUUAAUCUCCUUCAUUCUCGAAUCAAAGUUAGGGUUUCACCGAACCAUCAUCAGUUCAUCACAAAUUCGGUUAAUCUAGCUAUGGAUUCUCGUAAGAGAGGACGGCCUCAUGUUAAUGGCACCGCAAAGAAAUUCAAGUCAGAAUCAGAGUUAUCAAGUGGUAUAAGAGGCAAAACGAAGCCUUGCAUGAAGUAUUUCAGCAUGGACGGCUGCCAAUUUGGCGAAAACUGUCACUUUCUCCAUUACUAUCCUGGUGGCUACAACGCCGUUGCGCAACUAAUGAACCUCCCGCCAAUUUCAACCACCCCAACCACCAUACAAAACGGACCAACGUCAACCGCUAACGUUAAAUCGAAGCUCUGCAAGAACUACACCACUGCCGAAGGCUGUAAGUUCGGUAACCAGUGUCACUUCGCUCAUGGAGAUCAUGAGGUUGGAAAGCCUAUCAACGAGGACCCACGAGCCCUACCAUCACUCCCGGCACUCCCGAGCCGACAUGCACCGCCACCGUCAGGUCCUGCCGCUAGCUUUGGUGCCUCAGCUACCGCUAAAAUCAGCGUUGAUGCUUCCCUCUCAGGUGCUAUAAUCGGACACGGCGGUGUGAACUCCAGACAAAUCUGCAGACAAACAGGAGCCAAGCUAUCGAUUCGGGAUCAUGAAAGUGACACAAAUCUUAAGAAUAUUGAACUUGAAGGCACGUUUGAUCAAAUUAAGGAAGCGAGCGCUAUGGUUAGAGAGAUUAUAUCUAGUGUGAGUGUCAGAUCGGUUGCACCAACUCGAUUACCGCCACCGGCUAUGCAACGUGGGCCCCCAUCACACACUACUCCACCAGGCAGCAAAAAGACGAAACUGUGUGAAAAUUUUGCCAAGGGGUCAUGCACUUUCGGUGAAAGGUGCCAUUUUGCACAUGGUGCGACCGAGUUAAGGAAAGCACGCGUGUGAGACGCUAACAAAGUUUUGGUAAGUUGUGGCUUUUUUCGCUUUUUUUGUAGUAAAGAUUCUUGAUACUUAAACUGUUUUUUCAAGAUUCAUAUGAUGUUGGGUGUGUGACAACCGAACUUAGUGUUGGCGUUUUGGUGUUGAUACAACAUUUGCGAUUCUUGUUAUGAUACUUUUAGAUUCGUUCAA